GCGGUCUUGCCAUGGCCGCCGGUGUCGGUCCCUCAGAAACAAGCAUUUGUCUAGCCGCAAGGAGCUCAGCCUUCCCAUUCCCCAAGGUUCUAACCUGCGCGGUCCCCGAUUCAAUCCGCCUUCUACCCCUCCUGUAGUCGUAGUAGGGCCCGCAGUGGCUGCAUCGCAUGAGUGACCAACAUGCCUACAUCUUCCUCUUCCACCGCGCACCCCGUCAAUCCUACUACACCUCCAAUCUCUAAUGAUCGCGAAUGGAUCACCGCUUACCUCACCAUCCACUCCCUCAGCCCUCCUAGUAAACGCUACUCCUUCCUUCUCUGGAUCGCCGUUGUCUUCAUCUUCUGUGUAUUCGCCGUCCUCCACUGGACUGGUUCCCGUGGUGGGUUUGUUGGCGCGUCAUGGACCAAAUGGUCUCUCCGGCGUCGGACAUGGCGCAAGAAGCACAAUGCCGCGGUCGCCCGCAAACGCAACGAACCGCAUCGUCAGCCCGUAUCCCUCCCUUCCAACGCACAGCUGCUCUCCCUCGCCAUCCUCUUCGUUGCGUCUUGUGCGUUGGCUUAUGUCGGUCCCGACUACGUCGAUCCCCACGAGAAGGUCUGGCAGGUCUACCAUGAUGCCACAGAUUCAGCCGUCUCUCGUCGUUUGUCCGCUCUUUAUGAUGCCUCGACUUUUGAGCAGUACCAAGCAACGUAUCAGAUCGACAAGGCAUGGUGGACCUCAGCUGCACGCUCAGGCCAGAUCGCAUUCGCCCUCUUUCCACUCUGCGUACUCUUUGCCCUCAAGGCACCUCCGUUCGCAAUAUUUGCCAUUCCUUUCAUGAUACAGCUCUUUUUCGACAAAUUAGCAUGGCUACACAGAUGGUCGGGCAGGCUCAUCUGGUUGCUCACGUUCCUCCAUGUCGCCUUAUGGAGUGUUCAGCUCGCGUUGGACCAUAGAUCCACCCACGGUUCCAUAGUGUAUGUGUAUGCAUGGUUAUACGAACCGUUCAUUCUUGGAUGGACAGCCUUUGGCUUGUUGACUGUCCUCAUUGCCUUGUCAAUUCAUCCCAUUCGUAGAAGAUAUUACGAGGUGUUUUAUGCUCUUCACCUCUUGCUCGUUCCUUCCACGCUCGUUUUUGCUGCGUUGCAUCAUCCUACGUUAUGGUAUUGGUGCUGGGCUGCACUCGCCUUAUGGAUGGGUGAACGGUUGUGGCGCGCAACCCGGUGGGUCUACAGUAAUGGCUACGUCCCGGGCCUCAGCUCCUCAGCUCCUCGACUGGCUUCGCAGCCUCCAAAGACCCUCUUGCCUGAGCACCAAGGGCAGAAUUCUUUGGAAAUGAAGCACCUCAAUAACGCGGAGGUUCUCCCUCCUCCUCGUCUACAACUUGACACCCAGUCUUUGCGAUCAGGUAGUCCACUUGGGCAGUAUUACGAAUCGCCAUACACGGCUCGCCCAGGCUCAGGAGACUUCACCGCGGGUUCUCGGGCGUCGAUAGGAACGCUCCCGCGGCAUGCCUACAGCCCUACUGCAUCGACCUUUAACCUCGAUCACGUUAGCGCACCGUAUCUUCCGCCUCCAGGCUACGCACAAGCUGAGCUUUUAGCUGGUCGGACCGUACGCCUUCGACUCAUCACUCCUGGCUACCUACCGUGGGCGCCGGGUCAACAUUUCCUCAUUCAUAUACCUCAUAUAUCUAAGUUUACUUCCCAUCCGUUCACGACUGCCUCCAUCUGUGACGAAUCGUCAAGCUGCGAUUCAGGUCGCGUAAUUGUCUUAUUGAUCCGUGCCAAGGGAGGGUGGACUUUGGAUCUCUUCAAUGCUGUGACAAGUAUGGUAGAUCGAGGUGCUGUGCACCCACCCGGCGAGCAUCCGCCUAUGCACGGACAAGAUCGUCCCCCUCGUGGCGUCCUGCUCAAGGCUAACGUGGAUGGUCCAUUUGGCAGUUCCAUAAGGGCCCGGUGGGGAAACUACUCAACAGUGUUAGUGGUAGUAGGUGGAUCUGGGGUUAGCUUCGGACUAGCUGUUCUUCAGUACGUCUGCCUAUGUCUCUCAGGACGUGAUGGAACGACUUUGGGUAGUCACGCGGGUGGAUGGGGGAAGAAAGUAGCUGUCACUCAGCGGAUUCGGUUUGUCUGGUUAGUUCGCGAGUUUGCGCACAUACAAUGGGGAGCAUCCGUGAUCAGGACCUGCUUGAACAUGCUGCCCCCAGAAGCAAUACAGAUCGAUAUUUACGUAACUAACUUUAGGCCCAUUGCGCCUAAACCGGACCCAUCCCAGGUGCCCCACAUCCGUUUCUCUAAUGACUCUAAUGUGGCGGAACUUGCGCCUCCCAAACCCGGAUUCAGGCGCGGCGGCAGUCGUUCGCGCAGUCAUUCCGUAGAUUCAUUCGAGAGUCACGACGAAUCUGGGGAAAGUGAUGUCGAUCUUAGCUACUAUAGUGGCCAAUACGAGGACGAACCAGAGCCUUGGCAAACUGAAGAUCCAGCCCUUGCGCACGAGGAUAACAUCCUUGAGCUCACUGAGUUCGAUGGUGACCACGACAUCGUGACUCACGUCGAAAAAGACCUCAGUCAAAAGUUGCGCAAGGAGGGCAAGUUGCGAAGAGCCAACUCUCGACGUGCUACUAUUGGGAGAUCUGGACGAAAACCUCGAGGUGAUAGACGUGGUGCAACCGACGAAGCUCAAGCCAACUACCCGGUGCGCCAUGCGAAACGACUUUCUGCUUUGUCGGCCGUCUCAUCAUGGACCAACAAUGAAACUGUCCCACCUGUCCCGCCACUUCCAUUACCUGACCAUCCUCUCGCGGACGCGCACAAGUCGACAGCCUCAGAAAUAGACUUGACUUCACCAAUGGAAACACUGGUGACUCCUGCAGCCUCUGAAAACCCUUGGCGGAAAUCAAGGAGGUCUGUUUUGUCAACACUGGCGCCGUCCGAUGCACAUCUCCAGUCCGCGACUCCCCCCAUGAAGUUGUCGCCCCUCUCUCCCUCGCCUCAUUCAUCGAACUCCGAGACAAGGCAUCUUGGGCAGCCCUCCGACGACUCGAUCUCUCCGAUCAAUGCCAAACGCUUUUCGAUAGACAGCUCGGAAGCCAUGGACCUCAACAUCGUCUCUGAACAUGCGCGACCAGGAAAGCCGAAGUUGAAUCGCAUUUUGGCAGAUGAGGUCGAACAGUCUCGAGGGCAAGUUGUUGUUGCCUGCUGCGGGCCGACCUCACUGAACGCCAUGGUGCGGAAAACCAUCGCUAGCCAGAUAGACCCAGCUCGGAUUAGGAAGGGCGACCUGCGGGGAUCAGUCGCCCUUGUGUCAGAGGAGUUUGAGUAUUAAUACACGAUGCUCGAUCCGAUACGUACUGUAGCAUUUUUUGCAUAUUCGGGCUGGUGUAUAUACCCUUUUUAUUUGGAGGACAGCACGUACUGUAAUCGACAACUUUUCUUAGUAUAUUCGUCGCAGCUGCCAGACAUCGAUCUACAUGUGUAACUUUCCC